AUGAAAAAAUUUGUAGUCGUUUUACUGGCUAGCGCAGCAUAUCUUGCUGUUGCGGUGCCUAUGCAGGAAGAACCGUUACAGAGAGGCGAGUAUCCACGUUAUAUGGAUAUCCCUGAUGAUGAAGGCAAUCUUCACAAAGUAGAUCUUGAAGCCGAACCUGACUACGACCUGCUGGAUAAGGUGAACAGGAAUAAUGCCAAUCAAUAUUUUCUUUUUACAAGGCGCAACCCACGAGCUAGCCAAACUUUGGUAAUGAAUAAUGCCAACUCAAUCACUAACUCGAACUUCAACGCCAACAACCCUACUGUUGUGAUUGUUCACGGUUGGCUCAGCACACGGAAUACCGAACCCAAUCCUACUAUUAGGAACGCAUUCCUGAACAAAGCCGACGUGAACGUAAUUUCUGUCGACUGGAGUUAUCUUUCUCAGUCAGACUAUAACACAGCAGUAAGAGGAGUACCGGGUGUCGGCCGAGGAGUUGGGCAGUUCCUAACUUUCCUUAACCAAGCUACUGGUGCUGCUUUCUCCAACAUGCACUUGGCUGGUUUCAGUUUAGGUGCUCAUGUCGUUGGAAACGCAGGUCGUGAAAUACGCGGAAGGGCUGCUCGCAUCACAGGGUUGGAUCCCGCCGGACCUCUAUGGAAUACCAACUCGAACCGUCUUAGGCCAGGAGACGGAGUUUACGUUGAGGCUAUUCACACCGACGGUAGCACCACUGGUCUUGGAAUUGGAUCUGCUAUUGCUCGUACUGAUUUCUUCCCCAAUGGCGGCAACUCACAGCCCGGCUGCUCCACUAGCCUGUGUAACCACAAUCGAGCUUGGGAAUUAUUUGCUGCUACGGUUACAUACAACCACUUGGUCGGCACUCAAUGCAACAAUAUGGCACAAGUUACGGCUAACACUUGCCGUGGAGGACGCCUUAACAUGGGCAAUGACAAUUUAAGGAAAACUGGAUCCGGCAUAUACCGACUUAACACUGCUAGAAGAUACCCAUACUAAAAUCAUCGACCGACUUAAGAAUCACAGGACCAUCAAGAAAAUGAAUUAUUCCGCCACAA